CUAACUCGACCUCCGAUAAAGAGCUGACAACUAGAUCGGGUCGUUGGGGCAUGAGCUGGUUCAAAAAUUGGCGAUCCGCGCCUCGAUCUCCAAAACCCCCGAAGGAGGAGAAGCGCGGAAAGUGUCGGCGAAGAUGCAAGAAAGCAGCCAAGGUACUUUUCGCGAGUUGCUUCUGCUGCUGCCUCAAUUUGUUGUGCCCCGACGAUGACCAAGUGGACCGAGCUCAAGGAAGACCUCCCAGACCUCGGACAUAAAAUUUUUGACUAAAACUGCAGAUUAACUUUUAAUCUUAGUAAGCAGAAUUAACUUCGUAAACUUAAACUUAUCAAAUAGUAUCCAUAAAGUAUAAAUCGUAGAAAAUGAGGCAUGGUAAAGCUACCUUAGUUAGAACUAUAAUUCUCUUAAAAGAGAAACAGAAACCUUUUAAAGGAGAAAAUAGCAACUCUUAAAUAAGAAAACUAAAGUAAAAUACCGAAAAGUGUUAAACUAUCAAACCUGAAUCCUAGGUAGUAACAGAUUUUUCCUCCUGUUAGGAAUGCUAAAGGGGGUUUUUUCAAACCAACUGUAGCAGCUACCUUUAAAAUAAUUUUAGUAGUGACAUGUUAUUUCUUUCAUUUAUUUGUAGUAUUUUAAGUUAUUGUUGUUUUAAUUUAAAAUGGAAUCAAUGUAGUAUUUGGAGGGAGAAAUGCCCAAGGCGAAUCCCCCUUCUUAUUUGUAAACUAUGUAUAUAUUUUGCAAAUAAAUAAAACCUUU